AUGGAAUCUCUUCUUCAAAGAGCGGCGGAGGUAAGCAAGGAGCAUCCAAAACCUGAUGUUACGUUCUCCUACGGAACGGCUGGAUUCCGCAUGCGAACAGACCAUCUCGACUCUGUAAUGUACCGAAUGGGUCUUCUCGCUGUUCUUCGCUCGAAGGCCAAAGACGGAAAAGUUAUCGGCGUGGUUGUUACUGCUUCGCAUAACCCUGUUCACGACAAUGGAGUCAAGCUGGUGGAUCCUCGUGGUGAAAUGCUUCAGCCAUCAUGGGAGAAGCACGCAUCGGAGCUCGCAAACGCGGAAGAUAUUGUCGAGGUUCUGAGGGGGGUGGUGGAAGAGCACAGAAUCGAUUGGAACGUUCCUGCCAAGGUUUUUAUCGCUCGAGACACGAGACCUAGCGGAGUGGAAUUUGUGAAGGCUUUGUUGGAUGGAGUACAAGCUUUGGGUGGAUCUGGUCGGGAUUAUGGUGAGAGCUUCUUGUUGUCAUGCAAAGAGAACACACCCUUCCCCCGCCCCUUUUGAUAAUAAGGCAUGAAUAGUCUAGCAACGUGAUCCUUCCGUGAGAAAAUACAAGUGACAUAGCUAAAGUAGAUAGAUCGAUAGGCACUUAAUCUAACCAUGAUGCUUUUAUCAGCUUCUGGCGCUGGUUUAUGCAUCAGUCAAUUGCAAUUCCAGCUGCGGCGAGCUCCCCCUCCCCCCCUCCCCCGGGCAACUGCGGUGCAUUUGCACGCCUUGUCAGUCCCGGGGGUGGGGCUUUGACACACAAGUGGUUAGCUAUAAAACAUGGAGAAUUUCCGAGGUAAAGAUCAUCAGUUUGUGGCAGAUUGGCUUGUCCAGGAAGGGCUAGGAAAAAUUUUUGACUUUUUUAAGGGUAUGUUUUUCUUAAUUUUCAACAUUUUCUUGCUCUUAAAAACCAGAAUUUCAAAACAAAUAUCAAGAUCAGGAGCUUUGAUCGCAUUUCGCAACAGGCCGCAUUUGAUUCGUUCUUUAUGGUAUUAAAAUGCCGGGUUUUGGUAAUAUUAAAGGUUUGUAAAUUUUAAACUGAGAACUAUAACAUGUAUAAUUAAAAAGGUUUACGCAUUCCUCACACCAGGCCACAAUUUUAGCGGUGUUUUGGUGGUUGAAUGAUUUUUAUCAUACAAGGAUGGAUCCAGGAUUUUUCUUGGGAGCGGGUGCACCGCUAAGGAAUGGCGUAACUGACUGGUGACGUAAAGCGCAGCUGGAAUUGACUGUAGAUGCAUUACAUAAGAGCCGUGCAUUAAAAUAUUAAUAUAAAUAUCCAUCAGAGUUCUUAGUUUCCAAAUGUGAAAAAAUAUAUGUGAAACUAAAAGUGUAAAGGCUGGGAAAAAAAUUCUGCAUUGAUACAGCUCAAACCUUUCUUUCCAAGUGGACAUCUUUAUUCAGCUGACAAUCAGGCAUCUACUUACUGCUAAUAAUACAGUUAUCGAUUAAGACAAUUAGUGCCAAAUAGUAAUGAGUAAGUUAAAGAAAACAAUGAAAUUAGAGUGUAUUGUGUAUAUUGUGUAUUAGUCUAUGAUCUCCAUGUAUUUCAAGGGUUAAGUAAAAUCACUCCAAUAAUCCAGAACAUACCCUAUUUUAUCAUGAUCAUACAAACUCUCCAGACUAUGACCUUCACUACAUUUCCUCAAAGAAUUAGUAAGAGAAUCUGAUGAAAGAUCAAAGCAAUUUUCUCUAUUUGAUCAUUUUAUUUUAUUCCCAUGAGCUUUUCCUUUGUGUUUAUAUGGAUGGUAUUAGGAGAAAACUGAUUAUGGUCACGAUUGGGACUUUAAGGGGUAAUAGUGAUUCACAAUAUUAACUGAUCACCCUUUUGUGUCAGGUGUUUUAUCCACACCUCAGUUGCAUUACAUGGUCAGAUGCCAAAACACUGAAGGUGAAUAUGGUGAAGCCACAGAAGAAGGUUACUUUAACAAAAUCUCAAAUGCCUUCCUGGAUCUGAGGUCACUGUCUGGGAAAACAGGUGUCCCUGUGGUCAAGCUGGACGGUGCAAAUGGUGUAGGAGCACUCAAAGUCAAGAUGCUGGCCAAACAACUGAAGGGCACUUUGUCACUUGUAAUUUGCAAUGAUGGUUCAAGUGGAAAGUUAAAUGAGAAGUGUGGUGCUGAUUAUGUGAAGCUUUACCAGUGUGCUCCUGAUGGCAUGGACAUCAACCCAGGUGAUCGAUGUGUUACAUUCGAUGGUGAUGCUGAUAGAGUGUUGUAUUUUUACUACGAUAAAGAUCACAAGUUCCACUUGCUUGAUGGGGAUAGAAUUGCAACCCUUGUAGUUGGAUAUUUGAAAGAAAAACUGGACAAAACAGGUGUUGUUCUUGAUAGAGGCUUGGGAAUUGUCCAAACAGCCUAUGCCAAUGGCAAUUCCACAUCCUAUGCUGAGAGCACCCUUGGAGUGCCUGUGGCAUGCACCAAAACAGGUGUGAAGCACGUUCACCACAAAGCUGAAGAAUUUGACAUUGGGGUAUAUUUUGAAGCAAAUGGCCAUGGAACUGCAUUGUUUACAAACGAUGUUGUGAGGAAGAUGAAGGCUGUUGUCCAAGACACAGAUGCCAGCACAGAGAGGUGUAAAGCUGCCAAACAAGUCUUAAGCUUGAUAGAUUUAGUCAACCAAACUGUUGGUGAUGCUAUGAGUGACAUGCUGGUAGUGGAAAGCAUCCUUCAUGAAAAAGGCUGGAGUUUGGAAGAUUGGACUGCUGUGUACACAGAUCUCCCUAACCGCCAACGCAAAGUCGCUAUCAAGAAUCGCAAUGUGAUUGAAACAACAGAUGCUGAAAGGAAGGUUACAGCCCCGCAGGGUCUUCAAGAUGAAAUUGAUAAGCUUGUUUCUGGGUACAAGAAUGCAAGAUCCUUUGUGCGACCAUCUGGUACUGAGGAUAUAGUACGUGUAUAUGCUGAGGCUGAUACGCGAGAAGCUGCUGAUUCUUUGGCAUUGGCUGUCAGCCAGAAAGUUUAUGAUUUAGCUGGUGGUAUUGGGGAUAGGCCGUAAUAAUAAAUUUUAAUGGGAACCUAAUAUGUUUUCUAUUUUUUUCUGUGAUGUUAGCUCUGUCAUGACCAGACAGGUUGAAUAUCAAAUUGUAACAGUUGAGAAAUAAUUAUUGGAGGGCUCUUAAUACAUGAGACUUUAAAUAAUAUUUUAGUUAUGGAA